AUGUCAUCACAAGGAUAUUACCAACAAGGAGGCCCGCAGUACCCUCCCCAAGGACAGUACCCUCCCCAGGGACAGUAUCCUCCUCAACAAGGCUACCCACAGCAAGGCUAUCCGCCACAGGGAGGCUAUCCCCCAAACCAAAUGGCAUAUGGCCAACCGCAGCAACAGCACCAGCAAGCGCCACCACAAGAAAGCAAAGGUAGCGGAGUGGGCAAGGGUUGUCUUGCUACCUGUCUUGGCUUCAUAAUGCUGCUUCUAAAAAUCGUUGACGAAUUGAUUUUCUGUGCUUUUACUGCUCUCGAACGCGCGGCCUCGGAAGAAAAAGAACGGAUGAACGGGAUGAAAGAGAUGGAUAUUGUGUGGAAUAUCGGCUGUCAAGGGUCGUGGUUAUUUGCUUGGGAUACUUUCAAUGGGGCAAGGCGGGUUAUGCCAUCUGCCAGUUCCGAGAAUAUCCUUACCGCUUUUCGCUCCAUCCCAAUGGACAGACGAAGAUGGGGCCGUAUUACGAUUUGGGAUGAUGCAAACGAGAGACAAAAUGAAGGGCGCAACCAAGAACAAACUCAAGAACGCAAUGAACAACAAAUUCGAGAACGCAGCGCAGAACAAAUUCGAGGACGUAAUGUAGAAAGCGAUGAAGAAGUCGACGAUCGUGAGGCAGAAAAGGAGAAUUGGAUUCUUAACACUCCAAUCGCGCAAGCACAAGAUUUUCUAUCACCACCAUCUACACUGGCCGCAGAUGCUUUCAGGGAGAGGCCACCGGUUUUCCGGUUAAGGGGAGAUAUGGAAACACCAACGCCUCAGCCAGUUGCCAGGCCAGCUCCUCCUGCGCAAGCACCUGUUCAUCCAUUACAGCAACGAUCUUUUAUGGGACCAGUUCCUCCAUUGCAGGAACGAGCAUUUACGGGACCUCCUCCUCCUGUUCAGCAACAGGCUUUAAUGGGACCUGCUCCUCCUUUACAGCAACAAGCUGUUAUGGGACCCCCAUUAUGGCCACCGGUAAGAGGUUUUGGAAGCCAAUCUCAUCCCCUCAACCCACCGGCUCCACCGAUUCCACCAGCUACCUUCCCAUUCGCAUAUACCCCGCUCUAUCAUGAUCCAUGGCAGAGCAGUAUUCCGUUUACUGAAGAAUCUCGGUUUAUGCCCGAACCCGGGGCGACUGCUCCUGGAACCUCCAGCUUUGAAUCUGCUAUGGCUCCCCCACCGACAUAUCCGAGAUGGACUCAACAAGCCCCUAGUCGAAUGAGUGGCAGCCAGUAUAUGGAGGAAAGCCGUUUUGUUCCCAACCCUGCUGCUGGGUCAACUGGAGACCAGAGUUUUGGAUCUGCUUCUUCCUUGUCUUGUCCUGCUCCUAUGCCAACUGGAACCACUAGCUUUGGAGAUCCUAGUUUUAUGUUGGGUGCUGCUCCUAUGCAACCCCCUAGCUUUGAAUCUGCCUCUUCCAUGCCCCGUCCUGCUCCUAGGCCAACUGGAGACCAGAGUUCUGGGUCUGCUGGUUUUAUGUCGAAUUCUGCUCCUAUGCCAACUGGAACCGCUCGCUUUGGAGAUGCUAGUUUCGUGUCGAACGCUACACUUAUUCUCGCCCCUACACCAACUAGAGCCUCCGGAUGGCCUACUAUCGCUACAGUUGCAAAUCCAAGUCUGCCCCCGCAAUAUCCUAUAGUAGAUGGAGCAAGUUUCAAUCCGGCUAUUUCGUCUGCCACCGCAGCGCGCCAACCUGACUUUAAUGAGGUACAACAGGAACAAGGGCAGGCUUUUCCUAAGACUAACAGCCCGCCUAAUUCGGACUCGGGCAUUGGAUCUGCUCCUCGCCCUGGCCCAUUUCUUGUUGUAUCUCCAAGCCCAGCCCCACAGCCUCCAAAGGCAGUUGUACAAACAUACUCAGUCUUCAGGGAUAUGACUAAGGAUACGAUUGGCACUCUCGCGUCACCUGAACCUUUUAAGGUGCCCAUCAAAUUACGGAAACGAAAACGAGGUUGGUCUGACAGUAGCAGUCCGCUGGCUUCGCACUACAGGCCAUCUCCACUUCCCACGACUUCACAAAACUCGACUCCUAAUGUAGACAGGGACUCCAACUGCGACCGUGGUGAAGCUCAUACUUCUCCCCCUGAUAUGAACCUUCCCCCAAGGAACCAGACACAACGAGGGCGAGGACGAGGGCGAGGACGCGGACGAAGACAGGCACCAGUACGAAAACGUAUAAGAGUAAGCGGACGAGGACGUGGUCCAUCGCGUGCUAAAGCUGAUCCACCAACAGCACCUGCUGCCGACUAUGGCCAUAUGUACAGUAUUGUCGAAGAGACCAGAAAAUGUUGUACACGGUGCGCUGAGACCAAUUGGUACUGCGACGGUGAGAUACAUGCGCAAAUUGGUGGGACUAGGGCUUGUACGAACUGUGUCAUAGCUGACCUGCAAUGCACAUUCCCCAUGGAAUCAAUAGAGUCACCAACAGAGAAUUUGGUUAGACCUGCAGACAAGAUCCCGGUGCUGUCCGUGCGACAACUAAGAGUCCGAAGGUGGAUUGAUUCCAGAGAUUGGAUGCCCAGCAACCCUCUGCCAUAUACCUGCGGCUGGCGGGGGUGCCGCAACUGCACUCUAUUCACGGAGAAGGAGUCUUUCGCGAAUCACGUUAUAACGGCCCAUCUAGACGCAUGCUUUCGGGACAAUAUGAGUCUUGAAGAAAUACAAGGAACGGCGGUACCUAUGACCAACAUACCGAACAUGGAAUCAACGCAUGCGUGUCGUGAGUGCAAAAGGACCCAGAUUAGUUGCGAGCCCUCUGUAGAACCUGGAGAUGAUCAGUGUUUCCAUUGCAAACUUGUCGGCGCCCAAUGCGAAUUUAGCCCGGUACGAGUAUUGCAUACUGGCUUCAACGACAGGUUGGUAUUGGGCGCCCCUACAACAUCGGAGGAGCAUGGACUCAAUAGACAGGAACUAUUCGAGCACUUCGAACCACCUCUUUAG